UGAGUGAGUUUAACCUUUUUAUAACAUCUUAACCUGGGAAUACCUUAAUGGAAAUGAAGGAGGACGGCUAGUAUAAACCCGAGAUGCAAUUUACAAGCAGCGUGAACUGAGCGUUUCUGAGCUCCUAAGAUGGCUUCUGAGUCAGUGAGGGUGGUUGUGAGGUGCCGGCCUCUAAAUGACCGAGAGAAGGCUCUUAACUGUAAGAUGGUGGUAUCGGUCGAUACCAGCCGCUGCCAGUGUUUCAUUCAGAAACCAGGAACCACUGAGGAGCCCCCAAAACAGUUUACAUUUGAUGGGACUUACUUCAUCAGUCACCACACUGAGGAGAUGUACAACGAGAUCGCAUAUCCCUUGGUUGAGGGGGUAACCGAGGGAUACAAUGGGACAAUCUUUGCUUAUGGACAAACCGGCAGUGGCAAGUCAUUUACCAUGCAGGGUGUGGUGGACCCCCCAUCUCAGAAAGGGGUCAUACCAAGAGCUUUUGAUCACGUUUUCGAGACCAUCCAGUGUGCAGAAAACGCCAAGUUCCUUGUGCGGGCCUCAUACCUUGAAAUCUACAGGGAAGAAAUCAGGGACCUUCUGGGGAGAGACACCAAACAGAAGCUGGAGCUGAAGGAGCACCCAGAGCGGGGCAUCUACGUGCGAGACCUCUCUAUGCACACUGUGCACAGCGUGGGGGAAUGUGAGCGGGUCAUGGAGCUGGGCUGGAAGAAUCGCUCCGUUGGAUACACACUUAUGAACAAAGACUCCUCGCGCUCCCAUUCUAUAUUCACUAUCUACCUGGAGAUCUUCAACACAGAUGCGGAUGGCGAAGACCACUUACGAGCCGGUAAGCUCAACCUCGUUGACCUCGCCGGAAGCGAGCGUCAGUCCAAGACUGGUGCCACGGGCGACCGGCUUCAGGAAGCCACCAAGAUCAACCUGUCGCUGUCCGCCCUGGGUAACGUCAUCUCAGCGCUGGUGGACGGCCGGUCCAGGCACAUUCCGUACCGCGACUCGAAGCUGACGCGGCUGCUGCAGGACUCGCUGGGCGGCAACACGCGCACGCUCAUGGUGGCCUGCCUCUCUCCCGCCGACAACAACUACGAGGAGAGUCUGAGCACGCUGCGCUACGCCAACCGCGCCAAAAGCAUCCGGAACGUCCCGCGCAUCAACGAGGACCCGAAGGACGCGCUCCUGCGCGAGUACCGGGAGGAGAUCAGACAGCUGCGAGCGCUCAUCUCGGGCCAGCUGGGCUCCACCGGCAUCAACUCUCUUAUAGCAGGUCACCAGCCCGAGGGGACUCCAGCUAACGGGCCCAGGCCUCAGAGCAACACCGCGGAUGUCGACGCUGAGAAGGAGAAGAUUAAACGGGAGUAUGAGGAGAAGCUGGCUAGGGUGCAGGUGGAGUUCAGUGCAGAGCAGGAGUCCCGAGCUAAGCUUCAGGAGGACAUUGCAGCCUUGAGGGCAUCCUACGAGACCAAGCUGUCCAGUCUGGAGAGGCCCCGUGCCAGCCGGGCAGACAAGACUGUAGAGCAGUUCUGUGGGGCCUCAGCAGAGCCUGCAGACAUCACACAGGACAUGUUCAAGGAGAGUGAAGGGUCUCUGGACGACAGCAUCGCCGGAGGACAUGGGAAGGAGCGUUCUGUGUCCGACACUGUAGUUGUUGCUACUCCAGCUCCAGUCGACCAGACACAUGUUUUGGAGAGACUCCAGCAGCUGGAGCAGGAGUUCGUGGGUGGUGAGCAGGCUCGGAAUGAGGAGUUGAGGAAGCGUCGCAGGCAGAGGAAGACUCUGGCCAGCCAGAGGAAGAAGCAGCUCGUUGAGGCCCUGAGCCAUGCGAGUGACGACGGCGAGAGUGUGCUGCUCAACGUCUACGAUUCCAUCCAGGAGGAGGUCCACGCUAAGAGCAGACUUCUGGAGAGCACGCAGGGAAAGCUGAAAGCUGCCCGGCUGGAGAUCCGCGACCUGCAGGCAGAAUUUGAGGCUGAGCGGGACGACUACCUGGUCACCAUCAGGCGUCUGGAGCAGGACACGCAGCUCCUGCAGGGCAUCGUCGAGCGCAUGGCGCCUCUGAUGCGCAGGGACUGCAACUACAGCAACCCGGAUCGUGUGCGCAAGGAGGCCGUGUGGGACGAGGAGGGCGGUGUGUGGAGGCUGCCCGCGGUGCUGGUGCAGAAGACGGCGCUCCCUGCAGCAGUGCCUCCUGCAGCAGUGAACAGCACCUCCAGACCCACAGCACGCACAAACUCGGCCUCAGACUCAUCGGAGCUCUUCACGGAGGAGGAGGAGGAAGAUCGCUAUAAGGAGAUGCUGGACCGCAGUGACAGUGAAAACAUUGCCAGUAACUACUUCCGGGUGAAGAGGCCCAUCCAGCUUUUGGCGGGAGAGUCCAAGAAGAGCCUUGCAGGGACCGCACCGCCUCGCCGGACCAGUGGCAGCGCCAGCUCCGGAACGGAGGCCCUCCUCCCACGCCCCUUUCGCCUGGAAUCCCUCGGAAUCCUGCCCAUCACUGUCAAGGCCAGGAGAAAGAGGAGCAAAGCACACGUACCCUGUGAUGGCACCUGACCAAUGGCAUGUCGGUUUGUCAAGGCUGUCUGUAUGUGACGUUCCUUUUGUGCACCUUCUAAUGUUAGACCUGCAGAACAAAAUUUCCUGCUGCUCUUAAGGAACUAUUUUCUAUGAAAGUGAAAACGUAAGUUUUAAAUGUCUAGUUAAAGUCUGCAAAAAAAUUUUCUUGCAGAGUUUUAGCAGACAAGAACAGUGCUCUACAAAAAAUUUAUUUUUAUAUGCAUUUUAGUGAUAUACUGUUUAUCUGAUGACUGAUCUCAGUCCUUUAUUAUUUGAAUAUAACUUUGAGUCACUUUAACUUCGUCAGCUGAUGAAUACAAUAAGUAACACUAUAAUACAUGACAAGACAUUAUUUAAUAGUUCCUAAUAUCAGUGCCCACAUAUUACCAUAGACUUGCACUGGAGUUAUCCUACCAUGGAUAGUGAGUGGAUAUCUGAGGACUUCAGUGGAUUGAUUGUACUUUAAUUCCUACAGCUGAUCAGAUCUGUAAUAAAGGCAUGUAUUUUUUCACAA